AUGGCGAUCCUGCCAGUGCGGCCUCGAGCUGCACUGGCGGCGCGCUGCGCCAGCCACUGGGAGAUUGUUCGCGUCACGGACCCCGGGCGUGGCCUUGCCGACGUAGGACGCGACGACGAGGAGACUGGACACGAAGUCCUGGUCCCGCCACACAACGGUCAUGGAAUGGUCUCGCUGGAAGAAAAACUUGACCUUUCAGAAAGUUUCCGAGCCCUCAAGAACAGCAUCGUUAGCGCUACUAUAAGUACAUCAACUACAAACGCUGUGUCUUUUGCUGAUAUGGUGAAAACCAGCAAUAAAAAAGAAGUCCGCCCUAUUAAUUUCAGUUCGGUUGCAAUUUAUCCUAAAGACCAGUCAAAGUCAAGCGAAGAAACAAAAAACCUUGUGCAAAAGAUGAUUAAUCCGGAGGAAAUGAAACUGCAUGUAAGAGCGUUACGUAAAGUUAAAAAUGGCGGGGUUAUUAUUAGCACGGAUAGUAAAGACGACAUAGAAAAAUUGAAAUCGACAUUUAAAAGCACAUCUCCGAAUCUCACCAUCGACGAACCCCUCAAGCGCAGGCCCAGGAUCAUUCUACUAGGCGUACCGUCUGCUAUGCGGGAACAAGAGGUCUACAGUUGUUUAUACGAGCAGAAUAUAGUCGAUAAAUUUCCAGAAUUAACUAGAGAAGAAUUCAUAGCUUCUAUAAAAUUAAGCCACAAGUCAGGUAAGAAAGAUUUAGAAACCUGUAAUUACAUAAUUGAAGUCCCAGCCAAUAUACGUAGAGCUCUAAUUUCUCAAAACCGAGCAUUCAUUAACUGGUCAUCGUGUCUUGUGAAAGACUUUACAACCCUUACCAGAUGUCUGAAGUGUCAUUUCUAUGGCCACGCUGCGAAAACAUGUAGACAACCAGAACUGACGUGUGGACAUUGCAGUAAUCUAGGCCACUCGGAUAAAGAAUGCCCCAAUAAAGCAGAAGACCCGAAAUGUGCCACAUGCAGUCUCUUCAAAAAACAAAGCCACCAUCAAACUGGGGACCCUGACUGUCCCGUCAGGAAAAUGGCUGAACGACGAUACAUAAACUCGAUUGACUAUGGGGAGAUCUAA